UUGUGGAUGGAAUCUUUCGUCUGAAGGCAGAGACGACUUGCAGUGGCAAUUCACCUGUUUUAACGGUACCGAGAAUUUGGGUGUGUGACGGCCAGCGGCAGAAGAGACGGCUCCACAUUCACGCUGUACGAGCAAGCUAAUGCCCUGUGCUGGUUGAGAAGUUCCCUGUUGAAGUGAGAUCAGACAGUCAUACCAGUGAGGCAAGAAUGAGCAGAGUUCUUUUUGGCGUUGUUGCCCUGGCAACAGUGGGGCAAGCGUUCUAUUUCUAUGGCCAGUUUAUUGGCACCGCUUCCAUUUUUGUGAUUGUUCUCCUGCUCUUCGUGUAUAUGUUGCGCCGUCGGGAAAGUUUCGCAAUCGACGGACAUGGAAGGGGCGUGCUCAUCACAGGCUGCGACAGCGGGUUCGGCCACAGCCUGGCCAAGCGGUUGGAUGGCAUGGGAUUUGCAGUGUUCGCCGGGUGCUUGUUCCCCGACGGAGAAGGGGCUCGGAAUCUGGUCCAAGAGUGCUCCAGGCGGAUGAAGGUCCUCAAACUGGACGUCACAAAAGACGAAGAUGUCGCAAGCGCUAAGGCGGUCGUCCAGGCAAACCUGCCAGAGAAAGGUCUGUGGGCAGUUGUGAACAACGCUGGUAUUUCUGAUUGGUCAGAAACAGAGUGGAACACCAUCAGUGACUACUACAGAAUGGCUGAUGUCAAUUUGUUUGGUUGCAUUAGAACCACUCUACCGUUUCUCCCUCUGGUUCGAGCUUCAAAAGGCCGUUUGGUGUUUGUCUCCAGUAUUUUUGCCUUUUUUAACUGCCUGACCAUGGGAAGCUACAGUGUAUCCAAAAGAGGCAUGGAGGCUUUUGCUGACUGCCUCAGGGUAGAGAUGGCGAGCUUUGAUGUAAAGAUCUGCAUCAUCCGACCAGGAAACUUUGGCCCAGCGACGAAAAUCGUGAAGGAAAAAACGGCAACGGAAAUCUGGGACAAAUUAGACGAGGACCGAAAAACAAUGUUCAACAGACGGUACAUCGAAAUAGCAAAUGAAUAUUACAAGUCGUUGUGUAAGGAAGGAUCCAAGGACAGCAGCAUGGUCAUAGAGGCCAUGGCCGAUGCCAUCACGUCCCCACGUCCAAAAUUCCGAUACCUCCUCACAAACAAGAUGGACGCUGUGUUUUUCUACGCCUAUCCAUACCUGCCAACAUUUGUUUCAGAUGCUGUGUUUUCACUCAGUCCCUUUUACCAUAAAAGAAAGUCCAUGCUUUUCUCUCGAAAAAGGAGUUACAGUUAGCCUGCUCACUUUUUCCUCAGCUUCUCAGUCUAAGCUGGCAACCCAAGUUUAUAUGAUUUUGCACAAAAAAAAUACUGUGAAAUGCUAAACCACAAGCAGAAAGAAUUGUCUGUCAGCAGUUAAAGCUGGGCUUCUCCACAUUGCUAUAGUACACUAAUUGGUGACUGCCAUUUAAAAUUGGUGUUCAUGAAAAGUCCAGUCCAGUCUAGUCUACUCUCCCCAGUCUUUAAUUCUAAAAAAAAUUAAAAUGUUGCUGUUUUGUGCAAAAUUAUGGUGCAUAAUCGUCAUAUUCUAUCCAAGGGCUCAAACUUGUGGUUAAGCAUGUCCCGCUGGGACACUGCUGCUGUACCCUUGGGCAAGGUACU